CUGGCUUAGAAUUUGAUGGCCUUUUCCUUCUCUCUCCCCUCUGAUCUCUCCAAAUCCAUCUCUAAAUCAUACCCAAAAAUCUCUCUGCAAAAGGCAACACAUGGAGAGGAAAAGUUUGUGCAAUAACUUAAAACACCACAGCAUUGGUGGAAGAUCAACCAUGGAAGAAAGCAGCAACAGCAACAAUGGCAGCAGGGUUAAAGUUUCAUGGGAAUACUGUGAAAACAAUGUAGGAGAUCUACUGAGUGGCUUCUCAUGGCCUCCAAGAUCUUACACUUGUAGCUUCUGCAAAAGGGAAUUCAGAUCUGCCCAAGCCCUUGGUGGCCACAUGAAUGUUCAUAGGAGAGAUAGAGCCAGGCUGAGAGUGCAGUCUCCCCCAAGGGACAAUAUUAAUGGUCAGUACCCUCUUCUCAACCUUAAUCUUAACCCUAACCCUAACCCUAGCAACCCAUCUCCAUCUCCAUCUCCAACUCCAUCACAAUCCCCAUCUCCUUCUCCUUCAACCAGGUUCCUUCCAUUCACUUCCAACCCCUCUCUUUCCUCUCCAUCUUCUCCUUCUUCUGUUUCUCCUGGUAAAAUUAUGAAAUGGGGCGUGAGCAACAGGACUAAGGCAAUGGAAUUGACAAAGAUCGCGCCGUCCAAAACCUUCUUUGGGGUCGGGGAAAUUCAGGGUUUCGCCAAGGAGAGUGAAUGCAAGGUCAUCAAAAAGACAGAGAUUGUUAAGCUCGACUUGGAGAUCAGCCUGCUCGGCGAGUCCAAGGAGGAUUUGGAUUUGGAACUUCGUCUAGGCUGCUCCUAAAUGAACCUGUUCAGCUUUAUUACUGCAUAUUUCUCAGGUUGGUUUGUCGCCCUUUGUUUGGCUUAAUGCACCACCUGCAGAUUUAGCAAAAGCAGCAUAUAUAUAUAUAUAUAUCUAUAUAUAUAUAACUAAGAGAUGAACGCAAAUGCAUAAGCAAUUCAGGAGAUCAUUGCUUAUUGCUCUAAUAUUAUCAUGUAAUUAAGCUCUCUCUCUAUAUUUUAUUAGCUGAUAUAUAUAUAUAUA